AUGGGCCCACAUUCACAUGCAAAUUACAAUUAUGGGCAACCACAUGCUCCGGAGUAUGGGCAGCCAGCUCCAUACUCCCAAUCUGGACCUCCUCCGCAGGGCUAUGUCCAUCGAUACAAUGAGACCAAAUAUGAAAAUCAGGCAGCCAGUCAGCCUCCUUACAGUGGACAUGGAGGUUCACAGCCAGGGGUCUACCCUCAAGGAACACAUCCAGGCUAUGCUCAGGACCAGUAUGGUAAGCCACCACCUUAUGGCAUGCCGCCGCAUGGACCUCCUUCCCAACAUUAUGGCCAGCCUCGGGCUAGUCAACCAGGUGAUAUACUGUAUCAAGGGGUACCCAUAUUGAAGUGGGCCAAUGCAGCAGCAAUCUUAUUAUCUUACCCUCCAUAUGGUUCAUCUGCUGCUGAUGGGUACAAUCAGAUGCAGCCUCCCUCAGGGUCUGCCCCAGUAUAUCCCCAGCAAGGCGGUCAGCCUAUUUCAGGAUAUGGUCAGCCUGGGGGACCGCAGGCUCUUGGAUAUGCUCAAGGAGGUCCUACUGGAGGUUAUAUGUCUUCUUUCCCAUCUUCACAACCAGGUUACACUGAGCAGCCAGCACCUCAAAAUAAUUUAGGCUAUGGUUACCAAGGUGCUGCAGACCCUGCCUAUGUCAGUGCUCCUGGUUCGGCUUAUGGUGCACCGCCAACCGGGCAAGCUGGUUAUGCUCAACCAGCUCAAACACAACCAGGCUAUGAUCAAUCUGCUCCGCACUCAGGUGGUUAUGGAAAUGUAGCAGGGAGUGCGCCUGUCGGUCAUGGGAAAAGUUUGUCACCCCAACCAGGCUAUCCCCAGUAUGAUUCAACUCAGAUGUAUGGAGCCCAGCGCUGA